AAAACAUUAUAAACUAGAUGUAAUAUUUUUUUUAUGCAUUUCAAAGCACUAGUAGCUAUCCAGCCGGAGGUCGUAUUAUUCAGGCUCAUUCGCUGAGUACUAGUUUCAGUGCUUUUUUGUAGAAUCCAGGGAAACAGACGUAACUGGAGGCGGAGUCUGCAAACUUUAACCCACCGCAGAGUUGCAGGAAUGUCCGCUUUAUAUGUUAUCCUGUACCUCCUACCAGCAGGAGGGAGGACCAUAGUCUGGGGAGGACCCGCGGAAGCCGCACCUGCAGCGGACACUCAUCUCCAUUUCACAUGCACGCGCUUAUUUCCCUGUGCUCGCAGACCCGUGUGUGUUCAGUUUGUGUUUAGUCUUUCCUGCGGUGAUGUCUGAGAGCUCGUGUGUCCCCGGGGCCCCGCAGCGCCUGGUGCCUCUGGCUCUCCGCGGAGAGUGGAUGGCGCUGGAGCAGAAGAUCAAGACUUUAGAGAGAGGACAUCCGGACAUACUUCAGUGCGAUGAGGAGUCGGGUCUGAGUCUGCUGAUGCUGGCGGUGCGGGAGAGCCGUCUGUCAGUCCUCGACAGGUUACUGGAGCUCGGGGUCAAUCCUGCUGACAAAACCAAGGAUGGCAGAUCAGCUUUACACAUCGCCGCUGCUCACUCCAAAGACGAGAUCGUCAAACUACUGGUCAGAAAAACUGACCCCAAUUCAUCAGCAGGGCCCAAUGAUCAGCUGCCUCUGCAUUACGCUGCGUCUCGAUCGACCGGCGGACUCGCUGUGGUGCAAACACUGCUCAAGUUCAGCAGUAAAGACGCUCGACUGACACCUGACAAGAACGGCUGUCUACCGCUGCUGCUGGCUGCCGACGCCGGGAAUGUCGGGAUUGUUCGGGAGCUCCUCUCCAGCCAAUCAGAGCCUCAGAUCAGAGCUACGAAGACCGCAAACGGAGACACGGCUCUUCACAUCUGCUGCAGACGGAGAGAUGUAGAGAUGGCCAAAAUCCUGGUGGAGUUCGGGGCCAAUCCAGAUUCUCAGAAUGAUGAAUGGCAGACUCCUCUACACAUCGCAGCUCAUGAAGGAGACGAGAACAUGCUGAAGUUUCUGUAUCUCUGCAAGGCCAAUGCUAACAUAUCUGACAAGAUGGACAGAUCUCCUCUCCACAUCGCAGCGGAGCAGGGACACACCAAUGUAGUGGAGAUCCUCACUGAGAAAUUCAGGUCCUGUGUGUUGGCAAGAACCAAGGAUGGAAACACUCUCCUGCACAUCGCGUCUCAGUGCGGUCAUCCCACCACUGCUCUCAGCUUCUUGAGGAAGGGCGUCCCGCUGCACAUGCCCAACAAGUCUGGAGCAGUGUGUCUGCACGCGGCCGCUAAGCGCGGACACACAGCUGUAGUGAAGGCUCUUCUCCAGAAGGGAGCGCAUGUGGACGCGGCGGCUCGAGACGGACAGACGGCGCUGCACAUCGCGGUGGAGAACUGCAGACCGCAGGUGGUGCAGAUGCUGCUGGGCUUCGGUGCGCACGUGCAGCUCAGAGGAGGAAAGGCUCAGGAAACUCCUCUCCACAUCUCAGCGAGGGUGAAGGAGGGCGAGCGUGCAGCAGAGAUGCUCCUGAAGAGCGGAGCGGAGGUCAACGCAGAGCAGGAGAAUGGAGAGACAGCUCUGCAUGUGGCAGCACGGCACGGCUCUCUGCAGAUGAUAAGAGCCCUCAUUCAGGAUGGAGGAGACCCCAGAUGGAGAUCCAGGGUUGGAGAGAGUCCUCUGCAUGUGGCGGUGCGUCACUGUCACGCUCAUGUGGUGCAGGAGAUUUUAACUUUUCUGACCAAUGAGAAGAGCCGACAGGAUGCAGAACUCUGUGUGUGUGAAGGCAACCAGGACGGAGAGACGACGCUUCAUCUGGCAGCAGAGCUCAGGACGGAUGCGCUUCAUCAGCCGGAGGAGGACACCACCAUCAUCCAGAUCCUGAUGGAGCAUCAGGCUGACAUCACUGCAGUCACACGACAGACUGGAGAGACGCCUCUUCAUUACAGCGCCAGGGUGGGGAACACUACAGUUCUGCAGGAGAUGCUCAGGAACGUCCCCACAAACCAGAUCCAGACAGCCAUCAACAAACACUCCAAGAACGGCUGGUCUCCUCUUCUACUAGCUGCAGAUCAGGGUCACACAGAGGUGGUGAAGAUCCUGCUGCAGAAUAACGCCCGAGUAGACGUUUUUGAUGAGGAGGGAAAGGCAGCCAUUCAUCUUGCAGCACAACGCGGUCAUCAAGACAUCGUGGAUGUCCUGCUUUCCCAUAAGGCUUUUGUGAAUGCCAAAACCAAGCAGGGCCUGACGCCUCUCCAUCUAAGUGCUCAGAAUGGGUCAGCGCGGCUCGUUCGGCUGCUGGUGGAGAACCAUCAGGCCAGUGUUGAUGCUCUGUCUCUGAGGAAGCAGACGCCGUUGCAUCUGGCUGCCAUGAGUGGACAGCUGGACGUCUGCAGCAGCCUGCUGAGCCUCCGAGCCGACAUCACUGCCACCGACAGCCGAGGUCAGACUCCUCUCCAUCUGGCGGCUGAGAGCGACCAUUCAGAAGUGGUGAAGUUGUUUCUGAGACUCAGACCUGAAUUGGCCACACUAGCGAACGAGGAUGGGUCGACAUGCACGCACAUCGCUGCGGCCAAAGGCAGUGUGUCUGUCAUCAGAGAACUGCUCAUGUUUAACCAAGGAGGAGUCGGCACGCUCAACCACAAGGCUCAUGGUUUGUGUCCUCUUCAUCUGGCUGCUGCCGGUGGACACGCUGAAGUGGUGAAGGUCCUUCUGGAGGCUGGAGCUUCAGUGACGGAGGAGGAUGGAGAAGGCAUGACGGCUGUUCACCUGGCAGGCAAAAACGGCCACACACACAUCCUGGAGGUGCUGAGAGGAAGCGUUCCCCUGAAGAUCCAGAGUUCUAAGACAGGGUUUACAGCUCUGCAUGUGGCGGCCUCUUUCGGACAGAUGGAUUUCGUCAGAGAAAUCCUGACUAAAGUUCCUGCGACGAUACGAAGCGAAUUCCCCACAGUCAGUGGCAAAGAUGACAUAAAGAGACAACAGCCUUUAGCUGAGUCAGGUUUUACUCCUCUUCAUCUGGCGUCUCAGUCGGGUCAUGAGAGUGUGGUCCGCCUGCUGCUGAACUGUCCUGGUGUUCAGGCCGAUGCGGAAACAAACAUUCAGGGCUCCAGCCCUCUUCAUCUGGCGGCUCAGUGCGGACACACAGCAGUGGUGGGUCUCCUGCUCAGCCGCUCCUCAUCUCUGCUCCAUCAGACGGACAGACGGGGACGCUCCGCUCUGCAUCUGGCCGCCGCACACGGACACGUGGACAUGGUGCGAGUCCUGCUGGGACAAGGAGCUGAAAUCAAUCAUACCGACAUGAGUGGCUGGACGGCACUGCAUUACGCUGCUGAAGCCGGCUGUCUAGAGGUGUUGUUGUUUUUGGUGGAGAGCGGUGCAUCUGCGUGUGCCGAGUGUCAUAGCGGACGGACGCCGCUGCAGUACGCGGCUCAGCAGAACCACGAGUCCGCUGUCAUAUUCCUGCUAAGACGAGAGAAAAACACACUCCGGCUGCUGGACGACAAGAAGUUCAUAUUCAAUCUGAUGGUGUGCGGGCGCAUGAAUGACAAUCAGUCUCUGGAGGAGCUGGUUUUACACUCGUCUGCACCUCUGGAUACGGCUGUGCGCCUGUCUCGAGCUCUGAGUGUGUGUGCGCUCAGAGAAAAGGAGCGGUCGGUGGAUCUGCAGGCUGCAGCGCGUCACUGUGAGCUCAUAGCGUCUGACCUGCUGUCUUUAUCCGCAUCUGCUGGGGGUCAGGGUGUGGGCGCGGGUCCCAUCCUCAGGGCCGUGGACCACCGCGGGCUCAGUGUACUGGACUGCCUGAUCGAGGGCCGGCAGAAGGGCGUGGUGUCCCAGCCGGCGGUGCAGACGUACCUGACAGAGGUGUGGUGUGGAGGCCUGCAGUGGGACUCCUGGAAGAUCCUGCUACUGUUCUGCUGCCUGCUGCUGUGUCCGCCAUUGUGGCUCCUGCUCGCACUGCCGCUCACACACAGCUUCAACAGCAUCCCAAUCGUGAAGUUCAUGAGCCACCUGGUGUCCCACAUCUUCCUGCUCACUCUGUUCAUCCUCACCAUCGUGUACCCACCCGUGAGUCCUCUAUCCCAGGCCCGUCUGAUGCCCAGCUGGAGCGAGUGUCUGCUGCUCAUCUGGCUGUGUGGAAUGCUAGUCUCCGAGCUGACGUUCCCCGGCGAGCGCUCCGGAUUAGCCUGGAUCCGUCUGCUGCUUUUGGGUUUUUCUGCCGCUGCUCUACUCUGCCACCUGCUGGCAGUGUUCACCCAAUGGUGGCCGCCAACACAUCUGCAUUGUCUGUUCGCUCGUAAUGUCCUGCUAGCCGUCGCGAUGACUCUCGGUUUCAUCCAGCUUCUCGAAUUCCUCACAUUCCAUCAUUUAUUCGGCCCGUGGGCGAUAAUCAUCAGAGACUUGAUUAAAGAUCUGUGCAGAUUUGCUGUGAUCCUGAUGUUGUUUCACACUGCAUUUACAUUAAGUCUCACGGCAUUAUGCCAGCCGCUUUAUCCACAAGAACAGCAUAACAACACGACAGAAGUGACCGUUCCUGGCCCUUUAAAUAUGUCCGUGCUGCUUUUUUUUGCGUUGUUUGGUUUGACUGAACCUGAUAAAAUUCCCGAUGUGGAUCGAUCACCUCCUGCUACGGCGGUGUUGGCUAAAAUGGUGUUCGGUGUGUAUCUUGUGGUAACGUUUAUAGUGUUAAUUAACCUGCUGAUCGCGAUGAUGAGUGACACGUAUCAGCGAAUACAGGCUCAAUCCGACACCGAGUGGAAGUUUGGCCGUGCCGUUUUAAUUCGAGAUAUGAGCCGCAAAUCUGGCAUCCCCUCUCCAUUCAACCUGUUCACCAACCUGUUCUACUCAGUUAAAGUUGUCUGCAAACGCGCAGGGAAGAUGUGCUCGUCGGAGUCUCGUGAUGUGAUGAAUGAGGAUGAAGAUGCUGAAGGUUUGUCGGAUUCUCGCUCUCUGGAUCUUCUGUCUCAGGCGUCUGUCAGCGGCGUCAGAGGAAACAAGAGGACACAGAUCCUGCCAGAGGGUGGUCAGAUCUCACUGGCCCAUUCCGGAGGUCAUGUGCGCGUGGAGAAUGUUGCUGAUUGGCCGUCGGUGGUCCAGCAGUUUCUGUCUCAGCGCAGGCAGAGAGACAGAUCAACAGCAGAGAGAGACGAAUGAACCACACGUUUAUCCCAACAGAUGAGUUUACGCUGCCUUUGAGCAUCAUUCUGAAGCCGCUGUUAGCUUCAGCCUGUCACUGCCUGUGGAUUUCUCUGAUGUUCACUCCUCUCUAUACAUCUCUACCGCUCACCAAGAGUGCAUUUAUUUGAUCGAAAAUACAGGACAUUUUUGAAAUAUUAUUACAACUUAAAAUGAAUAUACAGUACUGUACAGUAUAGUGAACUGUCAUUUAUAUCUGCAGUCUAAAGCUGAAAUUUUCAGUCAUUCAAAUGCUAAUUUGAUGAUCAAGAAACAUUUCGGAUCAUUAUCAGUGUUGAAAAAA